AUGCCGUUGCUUGCGCUCACAGACGCGCAGUCGGAAGCGGCGUUGGAAGCCGCAGACUCAGACUUGAAGUACCUGCUGUCAGAGGUGGGGGUCCCGGAAGAGGUACAAGCAGCCUUGUACCACAGAGGGUACACCUCCGUGCGGCUGUUCUCUGGGAUCGAUGAAACCAGGGCGGAAGUCCGUACGGCGCUCAACGCCGAAAUCGGACUGGACCACACAGCAGGGAAUGCAGAGAGGCGCAGCACCGCUUUGGUGCUUAGCGCAUGGGAGACGUCGAGGACACAGCAGAAGUCCAGCGAUGAGACUAGGGCGGAGGCCCGGGCAGCAAUGGUACCAAGGCCGGUCCCGGUCAGUGAGCACGCGAUGCUCAGAGAAGCCCUUGAGAACCAAAUCGGGCGUUUGAGGGACUAUGAGGUUCCCGCCAAGAGCCUCAUCGCGGCGAAGUUGGACGACAUCGAAACCAACCUGCCGAAGUUGGAGGACCUCAGAGAUGUGGCCUCAGUGGAGGAUGGAGAGGCAGACUUGCUCCAGGGAAGCCUGGAUGCCGCCACAGGAACCUUCAAGAUGAAGGCGGCACGCAACACAGUGACUAUGCCGAAGACGGCAGAAGAGCUCCGCUUGAGGCACCGCCGUAUAGGCCUAGCCUGGGAAAUGGCCAGGACAAAACACAGGAACCGUGUUUGGCUGCAAGGAGGGCUGGUGGAGGCCUAUCGCCAUUUGAGCGAUCACGUGCUUGGGAAGCAUGUGCAUGGCUUACAACUACCACAUGAACAAAAACCCCGAUGGGAGUUAGUGCUCGGGUACGAGCAAGAGGUUCGAAAACGUGCCUACCAACUGCUACGACGAGGUGAAGAGCCCACGUUGGAGGAUGCAAUGAGGAGGGCCAUCAGCGACCCGGAGACGAUGAACCUCCACUUUGUGGUGCCGCUGACCACAAGCAUCGCGGCAAGCUACAGCAGUGGUAGUGGUGGCCGCCAGGGGGGAACACCAGCAAAGCCGGGUCAGGGAGGGGCACAGAGCCCAAGCAAAGGCUCCAAGGGAGCUGGACGUGGCCCAAAACCGGUCAAGAAACUACAGGUGAAGACACCUGAUGGAAGACCGUUAUGUUUUAAGUAUAACAAUAACAACAAGUGCGUGGCCAAGAACUGCAACUUCGUGCACCAGUGCCAGCGCUGCCUGGGAAACCACCCCAAGUCGGCGUGCAACACAGUCAGGGGCGACACGGCCAAGGCAGAGCUGAAAGAGAAGGCUGACCUCGGCACGACAUUAGUCAUGAGAUGCAUCGAGGCUUUGGAGCUGGCGCCGGACAAGACAGUAUGCCUCUGGGAGCACCCAGAAGAUUUAGGCCGAGCACGCAACGGGACGCCAGCAAGUGUGUGGCAACUUGAAGCCCUGCGCAAGGUAGCAAAGAAAAGAGGCAUGGACACCAUUGCCUUCCACCAAUGCACCUACGGAGCUGACUACCCCAAGCCAACAAGAUUUCUGAGCGACGCUAGGGGGCUUCUGCAGCUGGGAUUUGGCGGCUGGCCCACUUUUAACAAGGACUUAUACUACUUGGGCCCCUUACCCCGCACCUGCGGGCAUUCACACCAACCUCUGAUCGGAGCAGAGUCCGGAGGGGGCUUCAAGACAGGGCCUACAGCGGCCUACCCCCCAGAGAUGAACCUGAUGAUCGCAUCAUUGCUGUUCAACCAUUGGCACCAAAGCCAACCCACGACGCCUGUCGGAGGGGGAGAGGAUCAACAGCAACACGAGGAUCAACAGCAACAUGGGUGCGCGAGGGUUGGCAAAGUGGAUGAGGUGGAUUCGUGCAAAACGCGGAUGGCAACAGAGGAAGACCCAGCAUUGGAGCUGGCCAAGACGGUGGAGAAGGAGAGAGGAGUUGCUUCGUACCCCAUGAGGGGGCCUGGACAGAAGCUCUUUCAUGACGGGGCAGGUCUGUGCUCCCAGGGGAAUAGAAGACCGGCCUUCCGGGAUGUAUCUGUUAUGAGCAGCUUGGGGGAAGAGCUACUGGCCUUGACGACCGAGGAAGACUUGAGGAACGAUCUGUAUAGGCUGGCCUUGGGAAGAUGUGAGGGCCCGCCCUUCCGAGAAGGUGUCGUGGAGGCGGCAAGGAACCUAUGGCUUGGGCACUUAUCCCGGAGAUCCGGGGUUGAAAGAGCGAAGCUGGAGCAUGUGGAGCCCCGGCAACCAUUCAUGUUAGCGGCCAUCGCAGAACACCUCAAGAUCAUUGGGGACCCGGACUGGUCGGCCUUCGGCACGGGGCCAGGUAGUUUCAGGACAGGUGUCCCACUGGGGGUGCAAGGUAUGCCACGUGUCCCCGAAGUCUUCGAAGCAAAGGAAAAGUGGCGCAAAUACGAGCCUGUCCCCUGGCCUGCGGACAAGAGCAAUUACACCUCAGCGGUGGACAACGCAGAGGCGGUGCAGAGACAGUUCCGUAAGGAGGAGGCCCUAGGAGCCAUGGUGGAGAUGGACGAGGGGGCCGCGAGUGAUAGGUUGAGGGUGGCUGCUCUGGCAGCCCUGGAGAAAUCGGACCACAGCUUUCGGGUGGUGCACGACGCGACGCACAAUGUCGGUGUCAACUCCCAGAUCAAAGUGGAGGACCAGCUGAGAUACCCGGGGCCCGCAGAGAUCAAGAUGGCGAUGAGGGCUCUAUUCCCCCCGACCUUCAUCCUGGCAGCAGAUAUCGCCCGAGCCCACCGACUUGUGUUGGUGCGAGAGGAGGACUGGGGAUACCAGGCGUGUCGCACCGGGGUGGAUGAUGGUGGGGGGAACAGUGAAAAGGUGUGGCUCAACACCGUUGGCACCUUCGGUGUGACGUCGGCGAGCUACCACUUCACCCGGCUCUUCGCGGCAAUCACAAGGUGCGCCCACUCCCUGUUGGCCAGGCGGGACAGCUGCCAGCUGACCUACGUGGAUGACCUUCUGUUCAUGGCCAACGGCCUUGGAGGGCUGGCCGCAAUCUGGAUAGCAUUGCUGUUCUUGAUGGUCGUAGGGACCCCCUUCUCGUGGCAUAAGUUCCAGGGGGGGACUCGUGCCGAGUGGAUUGGCUUUCAGGUCGAUGUGAAAGAGUGCGAGCUAGGGAUGACGGAGAAGAGACUGAGGUGGGCACGAGAUUGGAUGGAGCGGACGGUGGCAAACAAAGUCGUGCAAGUGGAGGAGUUCAGGUCAGCCCUGGGCCGAUUGGCCUUCAUGAUGUCGGCUUUCACGCAUUUGAAGCCGCUGUUGGGCCCGCUCUACUCCUGGGUCACGGCGGUAGACCACUGUCGAACGCUCCAGGUCCCCGCAGCGAUCAUCUUGAUCUUGACCUUUCUCAAAGCGACGAUGGUACCCGAGAUAGCCCGCACCAAGGUGAGAGUGUCACCGGAGGUGGAAGGAGAUCAUAUCUUCAGGUCUGAUGCGAAAGCCGAGGGGGAGACUGUAGUCAUUGGGGGUUGGUGCUGUGGCGACUCCCACGACAGGGGACGAUGCCGGUGGUUCUCCGUGAGGUUGGAUAGGAACAACGCCCCGUGGGUCUUUGAAGCCGGAGAACCGUACAGAGCUAUAGCGUCACUGGAGCUGUUGGGAACCCUGGCAUCCCUCAAGGCUUUCCCGCCAGCCCAAGGCAGCGCCCGGAGCUUUUGCCUUUCGGCCGGCACAGACAACCUGGGGAACCGGCACUUGGUCUCCCGCCUCUUGACGACGAAGUUCCCAUUGUGCAUCAUUUUGAUGCAGUUGGCCUGGACGCUUCACUGCAAAGACUUGGAGCUGAGGUUGGACUGGUUACCAAGGCUACAGUACCGGGAGGCCGACGCUCUCACCAACGAGGACUUUAGUGGAUUCAGCAUGGAUUUACGGGUCGAGAUAAAACCAGAGGACCUCCUGGAGGAACAGUUCAAGGAGCUAUUAGAAAAGGGAGGUGAGCUCUUUGACGAAAUCAAAGAGCUCCGAAGGAAGAGAAAGGCGGGAGUGAUGAAGUCACUUCCUGCCAAUAAGAAGUCCAAAGCGACGGACUUGAUUGGUCGAUGGUGA